GUGAAUUUAUGAAACGUGCCAAGCAGAUUCGGGAACUGACAGAAGAAGAAAGAAGUGUAGUUGUCGCUGUUCGUCAUUGCGCAGGUGAACUGAACGACAUCCUACAAGGCGCUCGUCGGAAAGCACAAUCCAAUGCUAGAUUGUUUGCUGAGAGCGGAGUGUCAGUCAUGUUUCGUGGUUUGGACUCCUACGCUGAUAUGUACGAAAAGUUAAAUGUCAAGUCACGCGAAGGUUUGGGGCGUCUGUUUUCUAAGUUUGCCGAUUGUGAGGAAGUACAGGACGCACAAGACGCCAUAGAGGAGACCGAGGGCAAUUGGCGCAAUUUUCUGAGCAAUUUGGAUCGCGAAGUCCCACGAUACCACGGAUGUGUCAGUUCCUCAGAGUCCCCAGUUCAGAGGAAGAAGUGUGACUACUUCAUCACAUCCCAUUAUAGUUUGAUUGACAUGCACACCGGCAAAGAGGUUACACUUGGUGAUUACGUGAGCCGCAGCACUUGUGUGUUUGUCACCUUUCAGCCUGCCUAUUGGCCGGAUACGUGCGUGCGAUGGAGGCAUGCUGAAAUCACCAAAGUGAAGGCUGAUCUCACGCAGUUCAACGUUAACUUCGUGGUGGUAACUUGGGGUCCGGCUGAUAUCGUACGAAGCUGGUCAAAGAUGUUAUAUCGCGCCACCAAAUGGCCAGUUCUGUGGGACAAGGAGAACAAACUGUGCGCAAAGUUCGGCUUCCGUUCCGGACUCGAGCAAAUGUGGGCCGCUGAAAACCUAGACUUUCUUGGGUGUCAAAAGGCCGUAUACAAUAGAGCAGUUAAUCCUCCUCCCACGGAUUUCAACUGGCUCGAUUGGUGCCAAAUCGGAGGCGAAGCUAUUAUAGCUCGACCGAUUUGUUGGGAUCCAAAAGCUGUACAAAAACCGGUGGUGCAGGAUGAAAAGACCAAAUUAACCUCUCUAAAGCGAUCGCAUGCGGAUCACGAUUCUACUGAAAAUGAGGACAUUUUAGAAGCUAUUGAGGAGGCUGCACGUGACAAAAAAGCUGCUCAGUGUGGAGAGACAAAAGUUUGCACACUUCACAUAAGCAAACACAUGGCAGAUCUGAUGCCACCUGGUUCAAUCUAUCAGUCGGCACUGACGUGCUACGCUCGACUAUUCAACACAACCGAAGCAAUCGUGAUAGAUCAGAUACGUCGAAACCGUCGUUUCUCCACUGCCCCAGAAUCGGCCCGGUUGCAAUACGAGACAACUACUGGGCUAUACUAUGAUCCGGAAACAUCGCUCUACUACGACGCUGCCCGCGGCUACUUCUACGACAGCGCGACCCACACUUACUACUAUUGGUCGCAAUCUGAGCAUCGAUAUAUACCCGCCAAUGCUUUAAUACAGGCCGAAUUGAAUGCUGUUCGCGCGGAGCAAACCAAGGCUGCCGAAGCCGCGAAUGCUCGAGCUGUGGCGGAAAGAGAAGCUGCCAUGAAGGCUGCUAUGCGUGUUGCGGCAGAGUUGGCCGAGGUACGGGCACGCAAGGAUGACUACGCCGCCUACGUUUACGCCACUUGUGUUAUCCCACAGCAAGAAAUGAAUCCCAUGGACUCGAGCAGAUCGAUCAAUUCGGAAAAAACGUUGAUUUCAGCGUAUAGGAACACUGCGGCCGCGGCUAGUAACAUUGAAUGUUCCCUAAGACGCUGGGAUGACUGGAAGCCUGGCCCGUUGGUCCCCUACACAGACGAUACUUCCGGCCUCGAACUAUCACAUAACUCGUCCACCCCACCGCCCCCAGGUCUCUAACAAUGACCUGUCCUCUAACCUCCAAUGUACACAUUCCCGCAUUUGUAGUGUACUGAAUGAAUCGCGUGGGUCUAGAUAACGUGGGGAUCAAUCUUACCAGUGUUAGCAAGUAACGUAAGGUUAAAUUGGCAAUUGUACACCUGGCCGAAUAGGCAUCACGUGAAUAACAGCCACAAGCUCUCAUCUCAGCCCACAUGAAUAAGGGUCCUGUGGGGCCGCACUCGAUGGUUUCUGCACUUAUGCAUU